AUGCUGCGCGUGGUGACCUGGACCAUUAAUGGGAUCCGGAGCCCUCUGCAAGCGGAGGAGCCGAACAACUGUACCACCGUGGCCAUGGCGCACGUUUUGGACAAGCUGGAUGCUGACAUCUGUCUCCAGGAGACUAAAGUUACCGGGGAUGCACCGACAGAGCCCCUGGCUAUCACUGAGGGCCACAACUCCUAUUUCAGCUUCAGCCGCAACCGGAGUGGCCAUUCCGGUGUAGCCACCUUCUGUAAGGACGGCGCCACCCCAGUGGCUGCUGAAAAAGGCCUGAGUGGCCUUCUUGCCCCUCAGAAUGGGGAUGUGGGUUGCUAUGGAAACAUGGGUGAGUUCAGCCAAGAGGAGCUUCGGGCUCUAGAUAAUGAGGGCCGGGCCCUCCUCACUCAGCACAAGAUCCGCACCUGGGAUGGUAAGGAGAAGAUCUUGACCAUAAUCAACAUGUAUUGCCCCCACACUGAUCCUGCGAGGCCUGAGUGGCUGACCUUUAAGAUGCUCUUCUAUCGCUUGCUGCAGAUCCGAGCAGAAUCCCUCCUGGCAGCUGGCAGCCAUGUGAUCAUUCUGCGUGACUUGAACACAGCGCACCGCCCCAUUGACCAUUGGGAUGCAGUCAACCUGGAAUGCUUUGAAGAGGAUCCAGAACGCGAGUGGAUGGACGGCCUGCUCAGUAAGCUGGAUUGCCAGGGUGGGUCCCACGUAGGAGCUUUUACUGAUGCCUACCGCUGCUUCCAUCCAAAGUCAGAGAGGGCCUUUACCUGCUGGUCAACAAUCACUGGCGCCCGCCGUCUGAACUAUGGCUCCCGGAUUGACUAUGUGCUGGGAGACAGGACUCUGGUUAUAGACACCUUCCAGGACUCCUUCCUGCUGCCUGAGGUGAUGGGCUCUGACCAUUGCCCCGUGGGUGCAGUCUUGAGCGUGUCUUCUGUGCCGGCAAAACAAUGCCCUCCUCUUUGCACCCGCCUCCUCUCUGAGUUUUCAGGCACCCAGCUCAAGAUCCUUCAUUUCCUACUAGUCCAUCCCAAACAAGAGCCUGUGUCCAAGCAGUCAGUGCUGCAGCUCAGCAAUCAAACCCAGGGACAGAGGCGCCAAAACAAAGCCCAUGUGCGCUCAAUCAGGCCUCGGCCAAGUCGGGCUGACUCCAGCAAAGGCCAAAAAAACCUGAUUAACUACUUCCAGCCAUCCUCCAGCCGUCUCCAAGCUUCUACCAAUUUGGAGCUUCCUAUCAUGCGUGCCCUUGUGACUCCAAAGAUCCCAGAAGACGAGGUGAUGGGCAAAGGGGUAGUGGGGCAGGCCAAGGAUGCAGAGGCCAAGGAUGAGAAGGAGCUACGGACCUCAUUCUGGAAGUCUGUGCUGGGGGGUCCCUUGCCCAUGCCGCUCUGUGGGGGCCAUGGGGAGCCAUGUGUGAUGCGAACUGUGAAGAAGGCAGGACCCAACCAGGGCCGCCACUUCUACAUGUGUUCCAGGCCCCGGGGGCCUUCCACUGACCCCUCUUCUGUCUGCAACUUCUUCCUCUGGAGCAGGCCCCGCUGA